GGCAAAAGCAUUAAUGACCAUUAGUCUUUGCUACUGCACCCACCACAGAGGCUGUGCUUAUCCAAGUGCAUUUGUGUGGAAAUCUUAAAAAUUCUUGUAUAUACAGAGUUUAAAAUGGUGGAAAUUGUAAAAAUGGUGGUGGCAUUAUUAAAAAGAUGUUCUUAAAGCAGCUGAUAUCAGAGGAGAAAACAAGAAGUAAUCUGGGGACGAAACCUUCAUACAUGGCUUAAAAAUCUGCGUUGUUUAAAAUGCUCCAGGGUUUAGAUUUAGGUUAGUUAGGUCCCAGUGUAAAAGGAGCUCUCUCUUUAUGUCUAUUCUCUCCUAGCCCCGAAUACACAUGCCAAAAGAUGGAUUCCAACUUAUAUCUUCUGGAUACCAAGCAUGGCUAAAGCAGUGCUCUAUGCCCAGAUCUCUGUGGCUGGGCUGCUCCAGCCUGGCGGACAGCAUGCCCUCGCUGCGAUGCCUGUAUAACCCAGGGACUGGCGCACUCCCAGCUUUCCAGAAUUCCUCUGAGAGAGAAGACUGUAAUAAUGAUGAGCCCCCUAGGAAGAUCAUUCCCGAGAAGAAUUCACUUAGACAGACCUACAACAGCUGUGCCAGACUGUGCUUAAACCAGGAAACUGUAUGUCUAGGAAGCACUGCUAUGAAGACUGAAAAUUGUGUGGCCAAAACAAAACUUGCCAAUGGCACUUCCAGUAUGAUCGUGCCCAAGCAAAGAAAACUGUCUGCAAGCUAUGAGAAGGAGAAGGAACUCUGUGUCAAGUAUUUUGAACAGUGGUCCGAGUCUGACCAAGUGGAGUUUGUGGAGCACCUCAUCUCCCAGAUGUGUCACUACCAGCAUGGACAUAUAAACUCAUACCUCAAACCCAUGCUACAGCGGGACUUCAUCACUGCACUGCCAGCUCGGGGAUUGGAUCACAUUGCUGAAAACAUUCUGUCAUACCUGGAUGCCAAAUCGUUGUGUGCUGCUGAGCUGGUGUGCAAAGAGUGGUACCGGGUGACGUCGGAUGGGAUGCUGUGGAAGAAGCUCAUUGAGAGAAUGGUCCGGACAGACUCCCUAUGGAGGGGCUUGUCAGAGAGGAGAGGAUGGGGACAAUAUCUAUUUAAAAAUAAACCUCCUGAUGGGACUGCACCACCCAACUCAUUCUACAGAGCACUUUACCCCAAAAUUAUACAGGACAUAGAGACAAUAGAGUCAAACUGGCGUUGUGGAAGGCACAGUUUACAGAGGAUCCACUGCCGAAGCGAGACAAGCAAAGGGGUUUAUUGUUUACAGUAUGAUGAUCAGAAGAUAGUAAGUGGCCUACGAGACAAUACUAUCAAGAUCUGGGAUAAGAAUACAUUGGAAUGCAAGCGAAUUCUCACUGGACAUACGGGUUCUGUCCUGUGUCUCCAGUACGAUGAACGGGUGAUCAUUACUGGAUCUUCAGACUCAACAGUCAGGGUGUGGGAUGUGAAUGCAGGUGAGAUGCUGAACACACUGAUUCACCACUGCGAAGCAGUACUGCACCUCCGCUUCAAUAACGGCAUGAUGGUGACAUGUUCCAAAGACCGUUCCAUUGCUGUGUGGGACAUGGCUUCACCAACAGACAUCACCCUAAGGAGGGUGCUAGUAGGGCACCGAGCAGCUGUCAACGUGGUGGACUUUGAUGACAAGUACAUUGUAUCAGCAUCAGGUGACAGAACUAUAAAGGUAUGGAACACUAGUACCUGCGAAUUUGUGCGCACCUUAAAUGGCCACAAACGAGGCAUUGCAUGUCUGCAGUACAGAGACAGGCUAGUAGUGAGCGGCUCUUCAGAUAAUACUAUCAGGCUGUGGGACAUCGAGUGUGGGGCAUGUUUACGAGUAUUGGAAGGCCAUGAAGAGUUGGUGAGAUGCAUACGCUUUGACAACAAGAGGAUAGUCAGUGGGGCGUAUGAUGGGAAAAUUAAAGUAUGGGAUCUUGUGGCUGCUUUGGACCCCCGUGCUCCAGCAGGGACCCUCUGCUUGCGAACCCUUGUGGAGCAUUCUGGAAGAGUCUUUCGGCUUCAAUUUGAUGAGUUCCAGAUCGUCAGCAGCUCACAUGAUGACACCAUCCUCAUCUGGGAUUUUCUGAAUGACCCAGCUGCCCAAGCAGAAUCCACUCGUUCCCCAUCCAGAACAUACACCUACAUCUCAAGAUAAAUAACACUACACAGUACCUCACACUCGCACAGGUAACAGAGGCUCAAAGGUGGCACUGGAUGUAGUGCAAGCAUGCUGCUUGAAUAACUAGCUGAGUCUAUCAAUAUUUCUCAUCUUGGUUGGACAGUAAUUACAGUGUCCUGUAAAAGAACAGGAAUGAUUUUGAAACCUUAGAAUAGGGACUUUAUUUUAGGAUUUGUGGCAUGUGGCACCUGUGAGUUCGCCUGAAGAACCCCUCCUCCUUUGCCCAUCAUCAUCAAUAAUUAAAUCAGCUAUCGCUGCUAUCCAGAAGGAAGAAGGGUUUCUGCAGAGCGAGUAGAGCAGCUGCUGCCUAACAAGGGGAUGCAGAUGGCAUGACCCUGGGCAGUUGUCGCCAGGCAGGAGGGUUUUGCUAAGAAGCAUCAGCUUUAUUCAAUCCGUCUGAAGUGGUGACCAUUCUUCUCACUCUGCAGCAAGCUGAUUUAGGAGAACGGUUUGGCCUAGGGGAGGAGAUACUGAGGCACAAGCCUAGGCAGAUUUAAUCGAGAUGCAUCAGUGUGCAAAAUCAUUUACUCAUAGGGCCUACCCCUAGAUCUCUCUAGCAUAGCACGGCUGUUAAAUUGUUCAUAUCAGAGCUGCUGGUUUGCUCAUCGCCUUACCCUUUCGUCUUGGCCUGCACAAUGUGGGGAGGACAUAAUGUUCCAUAUGUGUGGGUCAGUUUUAGAGUGGAUUUGAUGUAUGUGAGUGGAGUGGGGUAGCAUGAUUGCCCACUAUGGUGGGUACAUGCACAGUUGCUGUUAAUAGCUUAAGAAAAAUGUCAGAAAAGUUGACAGGCUACUGCAAGGGGGUGUCCACAAUGAUGUUUUCCCUUGAAAAUGCUCUGUCAUGGGGCACAUCCUGUAUCAUGUUUGAUUGGUAAAUGUACAGUGAUGCUCCAGAGCUGCCAGAUCAGCUGUCUUGAUUUUCUCAAACACUCUGGUCAAUCAGAUGUUCUUUUAAAUCAUUAAAAGGUUUAGUGCGAA